GCUGGAAAGACUCGAAACACAAAAAGUACAAUCCAAUUAGUGAUACUCUACCCACAUCUCCAAUUGUUAAACAACUUGCAACCCAACUUCCUAAUUCCACUAUUCUUUUAACUUCAUUCAAUAUCAAUCCUACACCAACUGCUAUUAUUCCUUACUUUCAACAUAUUCAUACAUGUGUUUUAUGCAAUAUCAAAAAACUUCGUUAUAUUCUUUCCUAA